CCCCUCCCUGUUAUCACUCCUCCCUCUCCCAGGAUCCUAUCCGGCCUCUCCCACUGCAGUCUCUCUCCACUGGCCUCAGUCUCUGACCUUCAGCUAGCCUGGGACCAUGCAAGCCUGUCUGCCCAGGUCAAAUCUAACCCCGGUGAGAGAUGAGGAGGCAGAGUCUCAGAGGAAGGCCAGGUCUCGCCAGGCCAGGCAAACCCGCAGAUCCACACAGGGUGUGACCCUGUCUGAACUGAAGGAGGCUCAGAGGACCUACAGUCUGUCUCCUCUGGACAGAGACAGACAGACAGAGGAUGGAAGUAGCAGACUGACUGACAGGUCCUGUCUGCCGGGGAGAGGGUCUACGGAGGACAGAGGAGAGGCCAGGUCCAGCCUGGCCCAGUAUGUGGAGACAGAGGAUCACAGUCCUACAUGGAGCAGGGAGCUAGACGAGCUUGGAAAUCAUAGAUCAAGGCUGGAGACGAUGGAGGCAGAGUAUUCCACUGCAGGACCAGGGCUCAUAUCUCCCUCUGCCAGUGGGCUCUAUACCCGGCCUUUCUCCUCCAGCCUGGCCAACCGCACAUUCUCCAAAGAAGUUGAAUGGAAAGAUGAAAACCAGAACCCCGUUGAGGAUCCCUCCAAACGUGGCCUCGCCACAAGAGAGAAACAUCUUUGCUUCUGUGACCAAGAGGCAGAUGAAACCUACCAGACUUUUAAACAUGACAGGGCAUCAAGGUUGGACUCUGGUGGUGGGGACAGCAAGACUGAACCCCUGGGCAGAACCAGCUCCUACACACGGAGGGAGACCAGACUGGCAGCAUUGAACAAGCAGGAGGAUGACACCAGCCCCAGGGACUACAAGAAGAUGUAUGAAGACGCCUUGGCAGAGAAUGACAAGCUCAAGUCCCGGCUGGAUGACAGCAAGCACGAGCUGACCAAGAUCCGCUCCCAGCUGGACAAAGUCAACCAGAAACAGGACAGAAUAUCUGAAAGAUCCACUGUACUUGAAUCAGAAAAAAGGGAAAAACAGGCUCUGGAGAAGAGGGUAACAGACAUGGAGGAGGAGCUCAAGGUCUUGACAGAGCUCAAAUCAGACAACCAAAGACUGAAGGACGAGAACGGGGCUCUGAUUCGUGUCAUCAGCAAGUUGUCCAAGUAAAAGGGUGGUGCCCCCUGUAAAAAGUCAGACACGUCCCUGAUGCUUGCAACGUGUCACUAUCAUUAGCAUUCGGUACCCUCCCACCCUGACACUGAACCAUGGUGCUUAGUGACACCUACCUGCCAGCUGUUCUCAGAGGCAUGGUGAGGAACCUUCCAAAUCCGGAUGACCCCUGCCUCGACCCUUGACCUCUAUGCUCUUCGGCCCACCUCAUACCAGUAGGUCAAAGGUGUGAAGAGCACACAGCGUCCGCACAAAGAGAAUGUUGGUCUGGGGUACAGUAAACUGCGAAGCUCCAGACCAGCAAUCUAAACAAUAUCACAUCCACAUAUUUUACCUGUACAUCACAAACAUACUGUAUUUAUUUUGUGCUUCAUUGUGCACUGCAAAAACAACUUUAUUUUUCUCAAACUACUGAAAAAGCACUCAUAGGAAUUACUUUCAAUAAUCUUUCAUUGCAGUGAUAACAUUACACAUUGCCAUGAAUGCUUCUGAUGUGAGAUGUUGUGACUUGUUUAUGAUCAAUCUUUAUGGUUUGUAGUUCAAUUUCUGUCACAGACACUUUUCUCUGAGCUGCUCAUCAGUGUGGUCUACUAUAGUCUCUGAGAUGUCAUACUUGUCACAUUUGUUAGAUAUUUUAAUUAUUUAUUUAUGCAUUUUUUGGUUUAGAAUCUUUGAACCUAUACUCAACUAUAUUUGUACCGAUAUAAAAUGAAUGUGUCCUAUUAAACCGUACCGUUGGAGCCCACAUAGUAACUUAUGUUGGAAGAUGGACAGCCUCUUUUUAUUUCAAGUGAAACAUGUACAUGAUUUGUAAUGCACAGGGAACAACAUACAAGGGCCUUCUUUAUGUGCCUUUCCUUAAAGACCAAUACAGCUAUCAGUCUAAUGAACUGUACGUAAUAUUUAAAGACAGUAUUUUAUGUUGAAAUAACUUUACCAUGUAUGUUAUACGAGACCGAAAUACUGACAUUCUACUAGUACACACAGCUGUGGUUUGAUCACUUGCUUAAUAAACUAUAGAUGGUUAAAUAAUAAAUCAUCUGAGUUCUCACUACCAAUGUGCCAUACAUUCCAGAUAUCUUGCGAAAUUAAUGGGUAGCUCAUAAUCCAGCCCUCUGAUGAUGAAGAUGAAAUCCCCUUGUAAAGAACAAAGUCAAGUCAUGAUGCACAGACAACACAUGAAUCCAAGCUAAUUAAAAGGCCUUUAUUUCCUAUUUGUUUCGUACAGAGCUGGUAACACUUAUGAUAGAUCUGUAUUGAGUUAUUUGGUUCCCUCGAUAACUUUACAAGGAUCCUCGAUGCUCAUUCGCUGACGGGCUGUAGGGAGUUUUUAUUUGAGCAACGUUUUGUGUCCAGUCAAGGGCUAAAGCAUGCGAUCCACAGUAGGCACAAGUACUGACAUGAACACACGCACCACAACACUAAGACACAGAGAAACACAGCCUGAGGACGCACAAUCUCAUGGUCCUCUGAGGCUUAAAAAGAGGAUGAAGAGAGAACAAAGGAAAACAGUCUUUUGGAAUACAAUCCUAGUAUGGAGAAUGAGGAGUGAAGGAAAAGUUCAAGGAGUUGGUACUAUUCUGCGCAUUUUGGCAGUACUGUAUAUAUAUCCAUGUUGUAAACGUGAAGGACGACAUUCCUCUGAAAAUCUGUCAUUAUAAUUCUGGAUCCAAAGACCUCCGCGAGCCCAGUUCCACAACAACAGCACAUUAAUGGUAAGACAAAACAGUGACUUCAUGGUGGAAAAGUUCAAUAAUUGUCUCUUCAAUUGGCCCUACUGCAGUUUCGCAUUCUUAAUAUAACACAAAGAAACACAACACUAACCUAGUGAUUAUUACAGUACAAAGCGAGCUACGCAAACAGAGACAGGAGAACACAUCGUUAGGUGGUGAGUGACCUAUGCCCAAUGACACCCCCUAACACAUUGCGGACAUGGAAGUUGGAGAAUAUGAUGGACUCUAGUUUGGAGAGUUUCUCUUUAAGUCCCAUUGACCCCUUUUUAUAAUGUACUUAAAUGUCAUUUAAUAGAAGCAAAGCAGCCAGUAGUACAAAAUAACUGUGGUAUGUAGUGUGUGAAUCAUCAUGCUCUCAAUCCGUUGUUUCUCCCCUGCUGAGAUAUAGCCUACAGUUAGUUUCUGAAGCAGUUGUGCAUAAGGUAGAUACAGUUUAUCAAUUUAGGCUAUCAACAAAUCUGUAAUACUAUAAUAGCAAUCAUUUUAAACUCUAUUAACCAUUGUAAAUAAAAACAUGUUUGUUAAUUAUUUUCAUCACCACAAAUGUACAAUUAGGCAUGGUUUAUGUAUUCUGGGCAUGCAGAUAUAUAUGUUUAGGUAUAGUAAGUUGCAGUAGUACUGUGUUUUUUCACUGCAACAGCUCACUUUAUAAAGGCCCUAUGCUUUUUGUUCCUAUGACACAGGGCUUCUCAAAGUGGGGUCCAUGGUCAUAUCUCAAAUCAUAUUUCAGGUUCAAUGAAUCUGUGGAAUAAGUUUAGAGGGUGUAAUACAAUGUCAUAUUAUUCAUCUAGAAUCUAUGUUCUUAACCCUGGGCAACAUGGGCCUGGGAGGCUCACAGGGAUAAUGGUAUCCACAGUGCUCCACCAAUUAUCCAUUUUUCUUCUUAAUAAUUAUUGUACCUCCCCCACAAGUAAAUGCUUUGUAAUUUAAAGCGAGAAUCCUUAGUUGCUACAUCCAUUUUUGGUAUGGAAUACCAUAAUACAACUUAUAAAUGCCUCAUGAGCUUAGUUCAACUGUCAUACCGUACCCUAUCAGAACCCAAAAUAUAAGCUUGUUUUACUCCAAUGUUUGUAAACGAUGUAAACGUAAACAAACACUGCAUAGCCUCAACAUAUUGUUAAAACUAUCAUUUUGAUUGUGUGGAUGGUCAGUCCUUGUAUCCAUAUCUCUGUCUAUGCAUUUAAGAGUGGUUACAUUUCUCCAGGCCCAUCACUCAGCUUUUUACCAAAACACAGUUUAUUGUUAUUGCUUCAAUUUAGGUAGGGUUUCCCAAACUCAGUCCUCAGGACACCAAGAGGUGCACCUUUUGGUUUUUGCCAUAGUACUCCACAGCUGAUUCAAAUAAUCAUCACGCUUUAAUCAUGUGAAUCAUCUGUGUGGUGUUAGGGCAAAAAAACGAAACACUUCCAACUUGAAAACUGCAACAUUUUCUCAGAUGCCAAGAGGUGGGCCUUUAAAAUGUUCCUUAGUCUGGCCAUG